UGCAAAACGUGGCCUGCAAACAGCACAUGCCCCACCCCCCUUUCUUUAGACUCAACAAGAUAAGCUUACUUGCAAGAUUCAUGGCAAGCUAACACCAGCGCAGACCACCAGCAGAGAGAGACGGACACAGCAAGUAAGAAGUCCUAUUCAACCAAGCAAGCAAGCGCGUAGGAGGAGCCUAACUAAGCCUAAGUGGAUUACCAGUAUCAACUGAACCUUGCAGAACAGCAAUGGACCCAUCAUCCAGUCCUUUACUCAGCCUCAAGAACGAACUGUUAUUAAAUGCAGUGGUGAGAGGUGAUCUGCCUACUGCUAGAAGACUCAUCGAUAGACAUGGAGCACAAGUAAACUCUGAGAAUAUCUCUGGAAUGUCUGCCCUACAGUUGGCCAUUGUGAAUCAGCACUCAAAAUUAGCCGAAUAUUUAAUUCAAAAAGGUGCCGAUAUUUACAAGUGUGACGUGAGAGGCUGGACUGCUUUACACGAUGCUGCGCUAGUCGACAAUAUUGUGAUUGUUAAGAAACUGAUAUCGAAAGGAAUGACUCCAAUGUUGACAACACAUCAGAGUGAGCUAGUUAUCGACGUGGCUGGGAGCACUCAGACAGAACUGUUGCUAUGCGAAGAAAUGUGCAAAUUGGGUGAAGUGGAAUUAGCCAAACAGUAUUACAAGUACCUGGGGCUUAAUCAGACUGGCAGCCAUAGCAAUGCUCAUAACUCGUUCUCCAAGGGUUCUCGUGGUAACCUGUGUUCUCCACAAACAACAGCCAAAAAUGGACAAAAGACGACCUCUAAAACGGCUCUUUAUUCACGUUCGACAAACUCUUGUAAUAUUGCCUCAAGCAAUAGUGGUCAAUGUAUGCUGUCUAAAGGAUCUGCAAUGACCCUGAAAUUCCACCCUAGCCCUAGCCACAAAGAGCAUUCGGUGACUAAUAGCAACAACCCGACCUUAAUGCCAACCGAGGCUGGAACCCAUCCAGGUGCAGACGAUAUUGAUUACACAGCAAGUAAACCAGUCAAACAAGUCACUACCAAUGAAACUGUUCAAGUGCAAACCACGCCGGAAUCAAUUGCAACCACUACUUCCUAUGAAUCUAAUCAGGCUAAUUGCCUCAAGGCGAGGGAGGGCACUGCUAUAAAUGCACUCUACACGCACAGUGGUUUCCAGUUGCAGAUAGGCCUCUCACUACUAAGCCUAGAGUCUCAAGCUACUGACCUAGAUACUGAGUUUGGUAGUCAGAGAGUGAUCAAUUCUCCCAGAGUCAAGAGCCAUCGACAGGCUAUUAGAACACAAAGUGACCCUGCCACUACUAACCCUCUCAAGGCACACUUCCAAAACCCUCGUCCAGGUCGCAAAGUCAGCUUCUCCAACCCUCCUAUGACCGGGACAACACUAUCCUCGGUGGAACUACCAGUCAACAACAGUUCUAGCACUAUAAUGGAAGAACCAGUAGAGUCUCCUGCAAAGUUGUUGCUCUCUGACAGUGCAAUGCAGCAAUUGACUGAGAUCUGUAAUAGAGAAAAAGGAGUUAGUUCCGACGAAGAAAUGGAGAAUGCUGGAAUCAGAGCACUCAGGAAAAAGCCACGAAAGUCGAGUAUCGUGUCUCCACAACGCAGACGAAGUUCAAAUGGUCGACGAAGAUCUGUCACAUUCCAACCAGAGCUGUUGCUGCAUGAAAACGUGCUCUCUGGAGAUGCAAAGGCCGUGGCUGAGAUGCUGGAGUCUGGUAUGAUUUGCGAUGUGAACAGAAUAAGUCCUGCCGGGCUCACUGCUCUGCAUCAAAGUGCCAUUGAUGGUAAUCUGGAGUGUGCAAAGGCACUCAUAUGUAAUGGAGCUAAUGUGAACUGCAUAGACUGUGAGCUAUGGACACCUUUACACGCAGCAGCCGUCACUGGCCAGGAAGUGUUUGUGCGAUAUCUACUACUGUCCGGGGCAGACUCUACCAUGAAGAACGACAAAGAAGAGACUCCAUACGAUAUCACAAAGAACCCACAAGUCCGUAAGAUGCUCUUGCACUCAAUGAAUGGAAAAUCACCAGAUUCUAACGAUUUCUCAGACACAGAAUGUUUUAGCGAAGAAGAGCGCGAGUACAGUCACGCUGAGUCUGAUUCUGACGAUGAGGUCAAUAGUGCAGAAUUAUUUGGUACUAGUAAAUCCAACCUUAAAGAACGAUUAGGACUCAAGCACAGCACAGCUCUGGCCAACACUCAGGACACCUCCAUUUCCCCGUCACCUGACAUGGAGACAGCUGAUAGUGUGUUUGUGGGGGACAACAAAACUAGGAGCCUCACACAAUACAAGCGAGAGAGAGAUCUCAAUGAUAGCACAUCCUCCUACUCAAGUUACGAACUAGUUGUUAAACGCCACGAAGAACAAUCUGGCUAUCAGCCAAACAGCGAUGGUGACGGUAUAUCAGAAGAUCAAGGAAUAUGUACAAUGGAUGGUUCAAGCGAUUGCAGCCAUCGAAGUCGAAUAUUAUCAGAAGACGAAGGGACUACAAGAGAUGUGCUGGACAGUGACCUUGUCCCCGGUAGCCUGGACUACAAAUUCCAAGAAGCCUGCCUCGAUGGUAAUGUCGACUCUGUCCUAAAACUUGUCAAGCACAAAACCGAAAUCAAUGUAAACAGAGUGAACGAAAACUCUGGAAUCACCGCGCUCCAUCAUGCCGUCCUGGAGGAGAACUUUGCCCUUGCUCAACACCUCAUCACUGACUUUGAUGCCAAUGUUCAGAUCCAGGACACGGAUGGUUGGACCCCCCUCCAUGCUGCCAGUGCUGUGGGAGACCUCAGGAUUGCUCAGUUAUUACUAGACAAUGGGGCUAAAGCAUCAGUCCUCAAUAGCAGUUGUGAGUUUCCAGUCGACGUGGCCAGCGACGAAGCUGUAGAGAAGCUGCUUAAGAACGUUAUGUUAGGGCCUGGAGUUGGCACUUUGUUCCCGGGCAUUUUAACUCGUUAGAACUGUACGUGUGUGUUGUUUGUGUUGCUGCAUCACUAAUUCAUUCAUUGUGGCUUUAUGUCAUUGUGGUUUUAUGUCAUUGUACUUGUCUUGUUCUAAUCAUUGUGUUUCAAUCCUUUAUUUGUGCACACCUCUUCUGAUUAAUCACUGGUCAAAUUCUCAUUGUCUGUUGUGCAAGUUCUCUGUAAUUAUGAAUACAAUUUAUAUGAAAUUUGAAGCGAUAAUAA